UAUAAUUCAAAGGGGAGUAUAUUUUAUACAGAUAUUCUCAGAGCUCAAUCUCCAUAUCUCAACUACAAAUCUAUUUCAGAUUUUGUAAAGGCCAGCAUUGCUCUCUUGAUCAUCUCUUAGCAUUCAAAGCUAGCUAUUUCGAUUUCCAGCAGAAGGCAGUAUGACAAUAAGAAGACUGAUCCGGUCAUCAAUAUUUAGAAGACAUCUCCAUGUGAUUUCGAGAACAAAAGCUACCAUCAAACCAGCUUCACCAACGCCUUUAAACCUCAAACAAUACAAUCUUCCUUUAUAUGAUUGCAUUGCACCAAAUUACUAUGUUCCAAUGUUAUUCUUCUAUCCGAACCAAAACUCUGAUCAUGGUACUCAACAACCAAGCCCUAAUAUGACAGCCACAACUAUAUCUAAUCAACUUAAGAACUCCUUAUCUGAAACACUUUCCAAGUACUACCCCUUGGCUGGAAGGUUGACGUCUGAAACCCAAGUUGAUUGCAGUGAUCAGGGCGCUGAUUUUGUUGAGGUCCAAAUCGGAUGCAAGUUAUCAGAGAUUCAGGGGAACAAUAUUGUCAAGGGUGACAAAUUUUCAGGUCAUCUCUUCCCACCUAACUCAAUAUGGGAUGAGGUACCUAAUCAGGAUUCCAGUUUAGUGCGUGUUCAACUUAAUCAUUUUGAUUGUGGAGGAAUAGCUAUAGCAGCCAGCGUUUCACACAAGCUCAGUGAUGCUCUUACUGUAUGCUCAUUCCUACGCUACUGGGCUAAUGUAUCGCGUCACUCAGGUGAUCACCCAAAAUUAUUAGAUCUCUGUCCCCAAUUCCAAUACGAUCUCAUGCCCAAGUCAUGUUAUGAUGACUCAGUUACAACUAAAAUUGUGUGUCCCCCGAAGCAUUGGAUUACUAAGGAGAUAGUGUUUCACAACAAGAAUAUAGAAACACUCAAGGCAACAGCGCGACUCAAAGACAAAUUAGACGGUGUAGUAGAAGAUCAAAAGUACACCCGAAAUGAGCUUGUGACUGCACUGCUCUACAAAUGUUCUGUAGCUGCAGCAGCAGCCACAUCAAAGUCAGGGGAGUAUGCUCCAUCAGUUCUGUUUCAAACUGUCAACAUGAGGCGAAUGAUGGAACCGAAAGUGCCAGAAACAAGUGUAGGGAACAUUGUAACCCCGAUUCACAUUCCAACAACAACAGAGAGUGAAACAAUGCUGAAUAACUUGAUCAGAAAAAUGAGACAAGCUAAAAUGCAGCUCAGAGGAAUAAAAAAUCCCAAUGAAUUUGAACUCAUUCCAGUGAAACUGGAAGAGUACGUAAAAAGUAAUCACAGAGUUGUUGCUGUUUCCAGCAUGUGUAAUUUCCCAAUAUACAAGGAGAUGGAUUUCGGGUGGGGAAGGCCUGCUAGAGUCUCGCUUGUGGACACGCCAGUGAGUGACCUCUUUACUCUGAUGGAUACCGCGAGUGGAGAUGGUAUCAAGGCUGUCAUAAGUUUGGAGGAGAAAUACUUGGAACAUUUUCAAAAUAACCAAGAACUGCUAACUUAUGGUUGUUUUUUGUGAUAUUGACCUCGCUCUGCAGUGUCAAAAUAAGUCUUCUACAAUAAGGUAAUGCAGAUCCCCCAGAUUUGUCUAUUUAAGUGUUUUCACCAAGGUUGCUUAAAGCUUGCAGCAAAUUUAUGCAACUGCUCUGUGACUCUGUGUACGCUGUGCAUUACAUAUCUUCAUCUACGUUUAGUGCAUCAGCUGCUGCCAUGGAGAUUCUAUCGGAGAUUUUCCAUUUGUGAAUAAGGAUUAUACCGCCAAGAAGGUUGAAAUUGUGAACGCAAAUCAAUUUAUUUGUGAUAUUCCAUUAAAUAGUUAUGAGCCUGUCCCCGCCGUUGUUAAGUUUAACCAGAAAAUGUUGGUUUGUGUAAUAAAUCAGAAGCGGACUAAAAGUUGGAAAUAAGUCGGAAGAAACCGACUCGAAUCAAAAUCACAAGUUAGUUUUCAGGUGAAUUUAUUUUUUGAUAAAAAUUACUCAUAAAACAUAAAUUAUAUAUAAAUCAUUUUUAUUAU